AUGCCACGAGAGAGCGCCCGCGGAAGACUGCGUUCCCAUGAGGCCUGUCUCAACUGCAGGAUAGAGUUGAUGUCCAUACAGAAGAAAGAAGACCCGAUGUCCAGCCGAAAAACCGUCCUGCUCAAGCUGUGUCCGCCUGAAUCAGCCAUGCAUCUACACCACAAUACCCAGAGGGUCUCGAGGAGGGCAGACGACAGGCUAGCAUUCCUUGAAGAGAAGGUAAACCUAAUUCUGAGUGGUAGACCAACUCAAGCGAUUCAGUCAGAGAAGCCACAGGAGAAAGGCAAUGGAAUAUCAGGAACAUCUUACCCGGCCACAACACGUCCAUUAUCGAUUGAACCAAGCACAGUCAAUGACUCUUUCUUUCUCGGGUUGGACUACGAAGACUCCAGCUCUCAGCCAUCAUCAUCUGCGAUCGCUAAAGCCAUUGAUAUUUAUUUCCAGUAUUGCCACCGACAACCAAUUUGGUGUUUUGAGCGUGAAGAUGUCUCAGACCCAACUUAUCUGUCAGAGGAGCUUGUCUGUUGCUUACUCGCCUUGACCUCGCGAUUUUCAAGAGAUCGUGACAAUCUGCAACACUAUGGAGAUAGUGCAAGGAGCCUGGUCAUGCUUCGUAUGGCCAAUGGGACAGUGGAACUGGAAACCAUUGAGAGUCUCUGCCUGCUGUCAUAUUCCUCAUUUCUAGAUGGAGAUAUACACCUGGGCCGCUUCUAUCUCGGUCUUGCACUGCAUCUUUGCCGAUCAGCGACGCUGGAUCUCGAAUCAAGUCAUGCGGGCGAAGGUCCCAUGGCUGAGCGUAAGAAGCGUCUAUUCUGGAGUCUUCAAUCUCUGGAGCAGUCCUACGGGCAGCAGAAUGGUUAUCUCUGUAUACCGUCAGAGCUCAUGCGCACCUUCUAUAUUGCAUCCAGUAGCGACCGGGAAAAACAAAAUGGAACGGAGGCUAAGCCACCUCCGCUGCCGACAGAUGAUCUUGGUUGCUUGAAAUCGUCCGAUAUGGGUAUUUGGAGCCUAGCAGCCCAUUUUGGCUGGGUUUGGAGCAGGGUACGAACGUAUGUCUCUGACUGUGCUCGUAAUCGGCUCAAAGAACCCUGGCGACACGAUUCCAUGUACGCCAUGGUGCUAUCUGACCUGACAGAAAUUGAAAACAAGCUCUCCCAGUGCCAUCGAUAUGACACUGUCAAAUUUUUCGAGCGAACGGCAGAGGAGCUGAGAUCUAACCGAAACUACUGGACCCCAUGGCUGAAACUGCAGUUCACUUACCAUUGCAUUCUGACCGUCCUGAACCAUCCCUUCCUCUACAUUGUUGCAUCACAAUACAACGAUAACCUAGCAAUCCCAAAUGCUUUCUGGAGACGGUCAUCUGAGUUGGUCUUGUUACAUGCUACCUGGCUUGUCCGCAUGAUCGAUAUGGUGUCUGAGAAGAAGAUGCGACUGAUCGAUCCAUUUUUCGGACAUGCUGCCGCCAUUGCAGCUACAGUGCAUCUGUACUACUGCUGUGCCGCGGACCCCCGACUGAAGUACAAAUCCAAGGUUGAUUUCACAAAAUGUCGAAGGUUCCUGAAGAGCUUUGUGUCCUUUUCGCCUGCUUGUGGUAUCUUGGAUCAAACGCUGGACAAAAUGACUCGGAUUGCGUCCGGCUCGGAAAACAUCGAGUAUGAUUGGGAGCCGGAGAAGAUCCAUCUCAGCAUACCUUUGAUGUGGGAUGUUCUUCAAGUCAACUGUAAACCUAAGCCGCACGAAGUGUCGACGGGUGGCUUGCUACAUCCAUCGUUGACCCCAACCGUCUCUACAGAAGAGGCAGAGGAUAAUCCAGCCUCAACACUAGAGGUUAUUGUCGCGAUGUCCCCAAACGUCACCGUUAACACUGCGGAUGGUGGUCAAGCUGCCCACAUUCCACCAACCAUGCCGCACAUAUCUUCCACGCCAGCUUCUUCCGACCCCGACCUUGGUGAGAAACUCGUUGCGCCCGCCGACAGCUUAAUGACCAACACCCCCUGGCUUUGGACCGAUCCUUCGCAAUUUGUUGAUAUGGAGAACAAUGUGGGCUAUCCAGAUUCCGAAGCGGGUCUCGGAAACAUUGACGGAUUUUCAACUUGGUGGGACUUUGGAAACCUAUAA